AAUGCAAAUUCUAACACUGUGUACCUCCAAAGUGAGAGUGAAAGUGUGCAAAUGAAGAAAAGGUUAAUCUGCACACGUUCACUCUAACUCUCACCAUGGAGCGCCGAACUGCAGCCGUGUUGCUUCUUCUCCUGUGUGCCAUCAUCUUCAUCACUGCUGAAGGACGCAUCCCAUCAUGCUGCGUAGGCACUACAGAUAAGAUUAACCAGCACAUAUUAAAAAAAGCUCAGAAAUAUGCCAUUCAGUCAGAUGCUGGACCAUGUGAACUUAAAGCGCUGGUCUUGUAUGUGGGAAUGAAGAAAUUCUGCCUUGAUCCUAAGACAGAAAAAAAGGUGAAACACAUGCUGAGGAAGAAGCAUAGGCAUGCCCAAAAACAGCAAAAGCAGUGAUGACAUUUUCCUAAACAAUGUCCCACUGCAGGGAGUCUUUCUUUUUUCCACCAGGAUGUCUUUAAUGAUUAUACUGGAUAUAUGUGGUGUUUUGUAUUCAAAGGCAGAAAUCAUUACAGCUAAUAAAAUUGUUUUUGGUUUUGAAACAACAAUAAAAUAAUGAAGCUGGUUUCAAAAUUUGCAUCACUCGU